CUAACUUCAACAAUGGUCGAUGCAACAAAACCUUUUCAUAUGCAGGGAUCAGAGGAAUCACCACCGCAAGUCACCAACGCUGCGCAAGACGAGCAGUCUAUAGACAUUGGAAGCAUUCAAACAAAUCCCAGUAUUAAUUAUGCAGAAUAUGUUCAAACAGGCAAAGGAUUGUUCUCUAAAGCUCGCAUUGACCCCGAUGGACGAAUUAUCAUAUCGCUCGACCUCAAACAGCAGCUGCCAGAUCUACCACCAGACUAUGCACCCGAAGUUCACGAAUUCGGUAUCGACAAGUCGAAAUGGAUGGAAUACCCUUCUAUGAACAUAGUGAUCAUGAUUGUAGGGAGUCGAGGCGACGUACAACCUUAUGUGGCUCUCGGAAAGCGUCUUCUUCAAGACGGACAUCGCAUCCGAAUCGCCUCCCAUGGGACAUUCCGCUCCUUCGUUCACGACGCUGGCCUUGAAUUCUUUGACAUCGGCGGAAACCCACAGGAGCUCAUGAGUUACAUGGUCAAGAAUCCUGGUUUGAUUCCUGGUUUCGAAUCACUAACUAACGGCGACAUCGGGAGGAAACGCCAGAUGCUUUCGACUAUGAUGGAAGGCUGCUGGAAGUCUUGCCAUUCAACGGAUCCGCAGACGGGCCGUCCCUUCGUAGCAGACGCGAUCAUAUCCAACCCUCCUGCGUUCGCACAUAUUCAUUGCGCAGAAGCCAUGGGUAUUCCUCUACUUCUUACUUUCACGAUGCCGUGGAGUCCAACGACCGCAUUCCCCCAUCCUCUUGUUAAUAUCCAAAGCUCCAACGCGCAAAGUGGCCUCACAAACUACCUCAGUUAUGCACUUGCUGAUAUAUUUACCUGGCAAGGAAUCGGCGACAUUGUGAACAAAUUCCGUAGACGUUCCCUCGGGCUGCCAGCACUCUCGCUUAAGUCCGGCGCCGGGGUCUUGGACAACGUGAAAGUGCCUUGGACGUAUUGCAUGAGCUCUGGUCUUGUACCCAAACCGAAGGAUUGGAAGAGUCAUAUCGACGUUGUAGGAUUUUACUUUCUAGAUCUCGCGACAGAUUUUACUCCCCCGGAUGACUUGGUGGCGUUUUUGGCUGCAGGAGAGCCCCCGGUAUAUAUUGGGUUUGGUUCGGUCGUGGUCGACGAUCCAGCAUCAAUGACCAAUACGAUAUUCGAAGCAACUAGGCAAGCUGGUGGUGGUCUCGGAGGCGUCUCCAUCCCACCACACAUCUUCAUCCUCGGAAACAUCCCCCAUGACUGGCUAUUCGCAAACGAACGCGUUUCUGCGGUCGUACACCAUGGCGGUGCAGGCACUACUGCUAUCGGGUUAUCAAAGGGUCUUCCAACAGUAGUCGUCCCGUUCUUUGGUGAUCAGGGAUUCUGGGGUAGUAUGAUACACAAGGCAGGUGCGGGUCCGCAGCCUAUCCCACAUAAAAUGCUGGAGAUAGAGAAUCUCAGAGAUGCAAUCCUGUUUGCGGUCAGCCCUGGAGCGAAGACCGCUGCGAGGAUAUUAGCAGAGAAGAUUCAAAAGGAGGAUGGUGUGAAUCGGGGCGUGGAAAGCUUCUAUCGACAUUUACCCUUGAAGAAUAUGAGAUGCGAUCUUGAUCCAUCGAAGGUGGCCGUUUGGUGGUCUACAGAGCACUGCCUCAAAUUCAGCGCAUUCGCAACACAGACACUAAUGAACGCUAAACUGCUUGACCUCAAAGGACUGGAUCUUCAUCGGCCCAAAGAAUACGAAACGCAUAAACCCCCUCCGGAUCCUCUCACAGGAGGAGCAAGCGCGAUAUUUUGGACAGUGACGCAUUAUUAUGGGGGAAUUGCAGAACUAUUUUAUUCGCCUGUAAAGGGCAUCAUCCACACAACAACCGCAAUCCCAAAAGGUGUAAUGAAAAUCGUUUCUUCUAUUCACGAAGGAUUCCAUAAUAUGCCAAAAUUGUAUGGGUCGGAUGUUCGCCAACCCGGAAAGGUGACUGAUUUUUCUAGUGGCGUCAAAGAAGCGGGAAAGGGUCUAUUUUACGGAUAUUACGACGGGAUUACUGGUCUCGUACGUGAGCCCUGGCAAGGUGCGCAGAAGGGAGGAUUUGCAGGAGCAGUAAAAGGUGCUGGGAGAAGUUUCAUAAACGCGACGAUGCGCCCCGCGGCUGGCAUAGUCGGCGUCGUAGCCAAUCCUAUACAAGGUGCUUGGAAGAGCGCACAGACUACCCUUGUAAAGGAGCAGGAUGAACCGCAUUAUCAGACUCGCGUGGAGGAAGGGUUACAAGCUGUAAAGUUCAGUACGGAAAACGAGAGGGUGAAAGUUGUGAAGAGAUUCAAGGAUCUGAUGCAGAAGGAGAAAGUCAUGGAUAGAAAGAAAAAUAUUGCGAAAGCUGCGGAGGAGGUUAUGUACGAGUCUGAGAAGGAAGAGAAGCUUAAGGUGGGGAAAGGCAUGCCCUCAAGCUCCGCGAGUAUAUCAACGGGGUCUCCUCCAUCAGAUUUGGACUUGAAGGAGGGCGAAGAUAGGACAACUCGGAACACAAAUACGCCCCAGGAUGAAGCAAUGUUUGAGCGAGACUUAGAGUUGGCGAAGCGAUUGUCGUUGUAUGAACAAUAACA